CGCCGCGGUCUCGCCUGCGGCUGCUGCUGGGCGCCAGGGGCGCGUCGGAGGAGGAGCCGUCCGCCAUGGAGGCCGAGGUGGAGAAGUUGCAGGCCACUCUCGGCUGCAAGGCGUACGACACGCAGAAGGCCUGCCUGCUCGGCGAGAGGCGGCUGCGCUGCGAGUGGCUGGACGUCUUCAAGUGCAGCGAGAGGGAGGAGCCGCCUCCCCCCGAGGCACUCUCCGACGUAGAGUGCCAGGCCCGCAGCGGCAUGAGGGAGUGCCAGACUGGAAUCGGCUGCAUCUACGACACGGCCCACGGCGGCUGCCACGCGAACCCGCCCGUGUGCGACAAGAUCACCUGCGGCGAGGAG